AUUUUACGCCAAUAAACUAAGGUGGUAAAUAUUUUGGAUAAAAACCCUAAUGUGGGAAAGAGACCAUAAGUUGCUGGCAACAUCAAGGAGAAAGGUUUUCAUGGUUUGUCAUCAUGUCAUUUUGAUAUUUGCAAUUGAUAAUUUGACACAUGUAAACAAUAUAAUGUUAGAUGGUAACACUGAAAGGGUGGCAGAACGGUAGGUCUUUGUCUAUAUCAGCUCAACAAAAUACAUGGAUGCUUGUUAUUGGUCUAAAAAUAACCGAAUGAUUUUAAACACACGACCGCUGGGGUGACGCCGAGUUUUGAAUAGUCAGUUACUCUUUGAACGCGCCGCGGAACAUUUCUCGGAGACACUUAGUCCUCUAAUAUCAGAAGUGGUAUUCGGAUUUUAAAGUAAUCAUUCCCCCCAAGUUAAGACGAAAAGGACGAGUGAGCGAGUGCGCGGAAAGUGGGUUGCAGCAGCAACUCAGGGUAGUGUUAGCUCGUCUAAAUGCCCUAGAGGACAAUUCAGUGCGUACUUCAAGUUCCUCGAUGGCCGGUAACGGAGAAGACCCCCAAGUGCAAGCACACUCAGAGACGCCGCAUGAGGACGUGGCCAUCACACAAAACUCCUGCGUCCAAGUUCUAUCGUCACCCGCUAGUUUCCCGUCUGCAGUAACGGUAACAUCAAGUGAACACGACCGCGUGUUGGAGGUAACAAAUAAGAUCGCUGAUGCGAUAAAUGCAGUUUCGGAGGUAAGGUCAAACCUUUAUAUUUCUAGUUUUGACCCAUCGCUACAUAAUUUUGAGGCGUGGUGCGAUAAAGUAGAAUACGCACGUUCGUCAAAUGGUUGGGAUGAUCGAGAGUGCUUAGCACGUAUUGGAAACUGCUUAAAAGGUGAUGCUCGAAUAUGGCUAAACGAGUGGGUUACGAACGAUAGAACUUGGCAAAAUUUUAAAAAUCAAUUUAAGGCGUUGUGUCCUCGGCGCGUAGACAUAGCGGACAUCUUGUUUAAUGUUAUGAACACAAAUUCCGACAGUUACCCGACUUAUGCGGAGUAUGCACGUCGUUCAUUAUUACGACUUCAAAUUGUUUCCGGAUUAUCUGAAGAAUUAAUAGUAGCAAUAGUAAUUAGGGGUAUAACCGAUCCACAAAUACGAGCAGCUGCAACAAACGCUAACAUACUCUCCCAAAAUUUAAUCAAUUUCCUUUCUAUUUACACAAAACUGUCACCAUCAACAACUAACCAGCAAGUUGUAAGAAAUAGUAAAAUGAAUGAGGAAGGAAGUAAAACAAUCAUAAAAAAAAGAGAAAGCACCGAUGGAAAAAUCAAGUGUUUUAAUUUCAGUGCUUUAGGUCAUAAGCAUUUCCAAUGCCCCAAGAUAAUGUCAUCAAAUAUAUCAAGUGCUUCUACAUCAGUUACACCUAGUACAUCAUCUGAAAAAAAAAAAAAAAAUCUUGUACUUAUUGCAAGAAGCCGGGACAUCACAUUAACAAUUGUUUUGCUAAACAGCUAA